AUGGCGCUGCCGGCGACCGCCUGGGGAUUCGCGGACAACGACGACGACACUGGCAGUCGCCGUGAACGACCUGGCUUGUUCCUUCCGAAUCGCAAGCUUCGCCAUCUGCAGGGCGUCUCUGUCCGGAAUCUCGUUGUUAGUCCGCCGAGUCGACCGCGCGGGAAGACCAUCGACGAUGACAACAUCCCCAACUCGCUCCAUACGCCCUUGAAAGCGCUCGCCGAGGAUGCAGCGAAACCCUUACAUCAGUCGCGCUCCUUCACCGAUCUCAAGUCGACCCCCGCCUCCAGCAGCGCAGAAGACCGCCCCCGGAGAGAACAACCACCCCCGUUGCGACAAUGGCAGAGGAGGAACACGCUACCCUGGAAUGGGCCCAAUCCGCGCGCGCGUCAGGUGAAGCUGGAGGAGAUUACGAGCAGCCGUAUGGCCGAUACGUGGUUCUCGAUUCACUGCGACGGGGUCGACGAGCCGGUUUACGUGAGUGAGGUAGUCGAGCAUGCCACCAACCCCAGCUUCCGGUCUUUCGAUCUGAAUAUAUGUGGGCCGGCAAUCGCUCGUCGGGACCAGGUUACGGUGAAGGUCUGGGCACGUACGGCGGCCAUGGAGGAGUACCUGCUGCUGGUGGAAUUGCAGCUGUGUCUGCAGUCUUUACAGUUCCUGGGGAAGUCGCUGGAUAACUUCCAUCAGCCGCUCCCACCGAAUUCGAUCCUGUUUCAUUUCGCAGAUGGCGUCUACACGAAUCUAACUGACCUUCCUCCCGUGGUCGCUUCUAUACCUCCCCGCCACCCCCGAUCCGCCGAUGGUGCCACGUUACCGACGUCGUCGUACGAUGCGCUGAUGCGAUUGGCCAAUUUGGAUGAAUGUAUCCAGGAUGCCCUGACGACCCGAGAUAAGCUCGAGGCGCAAAUCAGCUCGAUAUUAGAGAAGAACCAGCGCGCGCUGACUACGACCAGUAAUGCGUCGCGGGCCCGGGAUAAGCUUGCGCUGGCCAAGCAUGCUGUUGCAGCGGAGCGGAAGCAGCUUCGCACUUUAACGAAGCGGAAGGAAGAAUUGAUCUCCAGUCUUGCAGCGAGGCGAGAGGCCAUGGAGCGUGGACGCCAGACCCAAGCCAGGGCUCGCAGUCAUCUCCCGGACGCGCAAGAGAAACUGGGCUCGAGCGUGAAGUUGCUGGAGCAGAACACGGACGAGGGCCGCGGUCAGAUCCGGCGCAUGUCGGAAGACCUACUUGCGAUUUAUCCUAUUGAACCCAUCCCGGACAAACCGCUGGCUUUCACUAUUGCUGGAAUGGCCUUGCCAAACUCGAAUUUUACAGAUGUCGACCGCGAUGGGGUUGCGGCGGCGCUGGGUUAUACCGCACAUCUCGUGUAUCUGCUGUCGUUCUAUCUGUCCAUUCCGCUGCCAUACCCGGUCAGCCCGUAUUUGUCGCACUCGUUGAUUCAGGACCCGGUGUCUGCGUCGCUGCCGCAGCGAACCUAUCCACUCUACCCGGUGAAUGUGCAAUACCGGUUUGAGUAUGGGGUAUUCCUGCUGAACAAGGACAUUGAGUUUCUCUUGAAUAAGCAAGGGCUGCGCGUGCUCGAUAUCCGACAUACCCUCCCCAACCUGAAGUAUCUGCUGUAUGUGCUCACGGCGGGCACGACGGACAUCCCCGCACGCAAAGCUGGGGGCAUCCGGGGCCUUCUACCUGGGCGAUUAACACCGAGUCUAUCGCGCCGGGGUAGCGAGGCCAGCAGUACUAACGGAGAGGCGGUCUUGCCUCGCAAAGUGGUGGGUUCAGUGAUAAGUGCCAACGGGGAAGGGAUAGCGCCCGACAAGGGAAAGCGAGCCAUGGCGAGUACUAGUUUGGCUGGCGCAGCGCCAUCUGUGGCCUGA